AGCAGACGUCUGGAUAUCAGGAGAACUUACCAAAUCACCUGAGGAAUACUAAGACGUGGAUGGGGCUCAAAGUGCCCAUGCUGGUACCAAGCACUGGUUUGGGAGAGAUUCCAGGUGUCCUCUGAUGGACUGAUUCACUUUUUGUCAAUAAGAGAUAGAAGCAACGAAAGAGUGGCAUCGCGGAAACCCAAGCAGUAGAAUUUAAAUCAUGACUUCUGAGACCAUGGCCUUGCUCGUCUGGCAAGGUUCCUCCUUCCUUUUGUCAGCAAACAGUUCGCUCUCCCUUGGACCUGCUAUCUGCGUCCAGCAGAAACAUUGCACUUACGCUAUGGGAAGUGGCACCUCAACCCAACAUCAUUUUGCUUUCCAGAAUGCAGAGAAAGCCCUCAAGGCGGCGGCCCUGAUCCAGAGGUGGUACCGGCGCUACAUGGCCCGCCUGGAGAUGAGGCGGCACUGCACCUGGAGCAUCUUCCAGUCUAUAGAGUAUGCGGGGCAGCAGGACCAGGUCAAGCUCCACGAUUUCUUCAGCUACCUUGUGGACCACUUCACCCCUAGCAGUCACAGCGAGAGGGACUUCCUGAACCGCAUGUUCACUGAGGAGAGAUCCCUCCAGGAGUCUGAGAUGGAGAAUUGCAGUGACUAUGAAUCCAUCAAAGUACCAGACAGUUACACAGGACCACACCUGUCCUUCCCACUCCUUCCCAACCAUGCAACUGCCCUGGUGGAAGCGUUCAGACUGAAACAAAGGCUCCACGCUCGCUAUGUCUUGAAUCUUCUGCACGAAGCCAGGAAACAUCUGGUACAACUGCCAAACAUCAACCGGGUCUCCACUUGUUACAGCGAGGAAAUCACAGUGUGUGGAGAUUUACACGGCCAGUUGGAUGACUUAAUAUUCAUAUUUUAUAAGAACGGCCUCCCAUCACCAGAGCGGGCCUACGUGUUCAACGGCGACUUUGUGGAUCGAGGGAAGGAUUCAGUAGAGAUUCUGAUGAUUCUUUUUGCCUUCAUGUUGGUUUACCCAAAAGAGUUCCAUCUCAACAGAGGAAACCAUGAGGACCACAUGGUGAACCUACGAUAUGGUUUCACCAAGGAAGUGAUGAAUAAAUAUAAGAUACAUGGCAAAAAAAUACUAAAACUACUGCAAGAUGUGUUCUGCUGGCUUCCACUGGCCACUCUGGUUGAUGAGAAAGUCCUGAUUCUUCAUGGUGGAGUGUCAGACAUGACUGACUUGGAGCUCUUGGCUAAACUAGACAGGCACAAGAUUGUUUCCACCAUGAGCUGCAAAACGAGAAAGGAGAAUAAGAAACAGGCGGAGGAGAAGGGAAAAGCCAACCAGACGAGCUCUACCGGGAGACCCUCCCCGUGGUUUCUCCCCCAAAGCCGCUCUCUGCCCACCUCGCCGCUCCGCCCCAGCACCCAGAAGGCCCACAGAGCCGGGCGCUCCUCCAGCGUCCCCUGCAGCGUCCCCCUGGACCCCAAGGAGCUCUCCCGGCGGGUGCGGCGCUCCGUGGACCUGGAGCUGGAGAGGUGCCGGCAGCAAGCGGGCUUCCCGGUGAUCAGCGAGAAGGAGGAGCCCUCGCCCUUGGCGUCAGAAGCGGACUCGGAAGCCGAGGAGCAGCUGGAGCCCACUCAGGAGGAGCGGAGGCAGGUGGUGGAUAUACUGUGGAGUGACCCCAUGGCUCAGGAGGGCUGCAAGGCCAACACCGUUCGAGGAGGCGGCUGUUAUUUUGGGCCUAAUGUGACAGAGCAGUUGCUACAGAAAUACAAUCUGCGGUUCCUAAUCCGCUCACAUGAGUGCAAACCUGAAGGCUAUGAAUUCUGCCACAGCCGCAAGGUGUUAACCAUCUUUUCUGCCUCCAACUACUACGAAGUUGGCAGUAACAGAGGAGCCUAUGUCAAACUGGGGCCAGCCUUGACCCCACACAUCGUGCAGUUUCAAACUAACAAGGCAACCCACACGCUUACCAUGAGGCAAAGGAUUAGCAGAGUGGAGGAGUCAGCUCUGAGAGCCCUGCGGGAAAAGUUAUUUGCCCAUUCCUCAAAUCUUCUUAUUGAAUUUAAGAAGUAUGAUGAAGAUAAAACUGGUCGCAUCACCCUGAGUGACUGGGCAGCCGCCGUGGAGUCUGUGCUGCAUCUAGGACUGCCCUGGCGGAUGCUGAGGCCGCAGCUGGUGAGCAGCUCGGCAGAUAACAAGCUGGAGUACAAGUCCUGGCUGGACAACUUGGCCAAAGAGCAGCUGAGCCACGAGAACAUACAGUCAAGUUUGCUGGAAACACUGUAUCGAAACCGAUCCAACCUGGAGACCAUUUUUAGGAUCAUAGACAGUGAUCAUUCAGGGUUCAUCUCACUGGACGAGUUCAGGCAGACUUGGAAGCUAUUCAGCUCUCAUAUGAACAUUGACAUCGCAGAUGACUGCAUCUGUGACCUUGCCCGGAGCAUUGACUUCAACAAGGAUGGCCACAUUGACAUCAAUGAGUUCCUGGAGGCAUUCCGCCUUGUGGAGCAAUCCUGCUCAAAGAGUGAUGCCUCAGAUUGCCUGCAAGCCACAAACACUAGUAACUGCAGCAGCCCAGGUGCACACUAA